GCCGGUGAUUGGCGGGCGGGCGGGCGCCCGGGUGAGCGCGAGGAUGGCGGCGCCGGCCCGGCGGAGCGUCGUGUUCGUGACGGGCAACGCCAAGAAGCUGGAGGAGGUCACGCAGAUCCUCGGGGACUCCUCUCCUUACACGCUGGUGGCCAAGAAAAUCGACUUGCCGGAGUACCAGGGGGAGCCAGACGAGAUCUCCGUGCAGAAGUGCCGCGAAGCCGCCCGGCAGGUUCAAGGACCUGUUAUAGUAGAGGAUACCUGCUUGUGCUUCAAUGCCCUAGGAGGGCUUCCAGGACCCUACAUAAAAUGGUUCCUGGAGAAACUCAAGCCAGAAGGUACCAUGUCCCAUGUUACUGCUCUGCACAUAACUCACUCCUUUCCAGAUGAAAUGGGUCACCACCUGUGCUGGGUUCUGAGCAUGUUUGCCCACCAGGCUGCUCCCGGACUGCUGGUUCCUUUCCUGUCCACUCAGCCCUGUCCCUUUGGGUUCCCUCCCCAAGCCCUUCUUCACAGGAUUUUGUUUCCCCUCGUGGCUUCAGCAUCACCCCUGGAUUCCCAAACUCCUGCCUCUGCAGGCUGGUGGCAGGACUUGUGGGAACUUCUUGUUUGUCAUCAGUGUGACCUGGAAGACCUGCUGCUCCCUCUGUCUUCUGUGCAGGCCCCUCUGCUGAUGCUCACCUGCCCUGGUGUGCAGUGGCAGUCUUUGAUCAUGCAGUUCAGAGCAUGACUGCAAAUGCCAGCUCCACAUUAAUUGGGAAUGCCUGAUUAAUAGCGGGGCUCAUGCUGUGCUCGAUCAGAGCUGCUGGCUUCAGUCACACAAAGGACUGGGCCGAGAGAAUCCUUGUGCCUGUCACCUGCAGUUCCUCCUCUCCCGUGCGAGUGUGGGCGCAGAGCGUUCCCUCCAUCCAUCUCUAGCAGGGGUAUGUUGUGCUCCCAGGGGAAGGCAGUAACGCUGAGAUCCUUCCUGUG